ACUUUCUAACCCUUUACAACCAGGAUUUUUGUGCUUAGCAGGAAAUAAAAUUAGUAAUAUAGAAAAUACAUCUUCAGCUGCCAUUAACUCAAUAUAUAGAGAAUUAUUUGAAAAUCAAACAGAGCAUUCCGGUUUAGCAGUAUUAGGAUUUUAUAACAAGGAAAUUAUAUCAGAGAUACUAAAUGAUGUUUUAUUUUUUCCAUUAUAUAUGCAGAUUAAUAGACUUACCAUAGUAGUUUCGGAAAUCGGAAGAUCUUUACGAGAAGAUCUUUUAUUCGGUGGGCCUGGUUAUAUAUCAUCAUUAGUAGUAUAUCAUAAUUCGGAAAUACAUCUUGUUUUGCAGCAGAUUUUGAAAGAUCAGUGUAGUUUGUGGGGUUUUAAGGGCAAAAAUGAAAUAAAUCAAUUUGUUGGUGAAACACCAACCAUCGUUUAG